GUCCCUAGCCCCCAAAGUCUCUGCUCACUGGACAGGAUGCCACUGGGGCUCUUUGUGCUAUGGGAAAGUGAACGGACUCAAAAUAAAGCAGCCAUAUCGCUUGGAUCCUCUGUACUCCCCACCGGGUUUCCACAGCUCUGAGCCAGAGACCUGCUCUGCUCUGCGAACAACAAAACCGUGAUGAAGGCAACAGGAGUCAGAAGGCUAUUCAUGGCAGGAAACCCCAGCAUCCGGUGAGAAAUAAGAAGUACCGGAGCACAGGAUGCGCCCUGGGUCAGGAGGACGUGAAAAGCCUCGAGUCUUUGUAACCUUCUCUGUGCCAGAGCUGUGGUAGUGUGACAGCGCCCAGCCCAGCCGUGUCGCCCUCAGCUCCCCUCAGAGCACAGCCCGGGUGUCAGGGUCCAGUGGCUGCUGCUGUCACUGCAGGGGAGUCUAGCCCCUCCCAGAAGGAGACACACAGAAGAAUGGCCACCUCAACUGGUUUGCUCCUGCUGCUGGGGCUGCUCGGCCAGCCCUGGGCAGGGGCAGCUGCUGAUUCACAGGCUGUGGUGUGCAAGGGGACUGCCUGCUAUACAGCGCACUGGGGCAAGCUGAGUGCCGCCGAAGCCCAGCAGCGCUGCAGUGAGAACGGAGGCAACCUUGCCACCGUGAAGAGCGAGGAGGAGGCCCAGCAUGCCCAGCAAGCUCUGGCUCAGCUUCUGAAGACCAAGGCACCCAUGGAAGCAAAGAUGGGCAAAUUCUGGAUCGGGCUCCAGCGAGAGAAGGGCAAGUGUACGUACCAUGAUUUGCCAAUGAAGGGCUUCAGCUGGGUGGGUGGGGGAGAGGACACGGCUUAUUCAAACUGGUACAAAGCGAGCAAGAGCUCCUGUAUCUCUCAACGCUGUGUGUCCCUGAUCCUGGACCUGUCCUUGACACCCCACCCCAGCCAUCUGCCCAAGUGGUAUGAGAGUCCCUGUGGGACUCCCGGUGCUCCAGGUAACAGCAUUGAAGGUUUCCUGUGCAAGUUCAACUUCAAAGGCAUGUGCAGCCCACUGGCGCUGGGUGGUCCAGGGCAGGUGACCUAUACCACCCCGUUCCAGGCCACCACCUCCUCUCUGGAGGCUGUGCCUUUUGCCUCUGUAGCCAAUGUAGCUUGUGGGGUUGAAGCUAAGAAUAAGACCCAUUAUUUUUUAUGCAAUGAAAAGAGUCCAGGACUAUUUCAUUGGGGCAGCUCAGGCCCUCUCUGUGGCAGCCCCAAGUUUGGUUGCAGUUUCAACAAUGGAGGCUGCCAGCAGGAUUGCUUCGAAGGUGGCGAUGGCUCCUUCCGCUGUGGCUGCCGACCUGGAUUCCGGCUGCUGGAUGACCUAGUCACUUGUGCCUCCAGGAAUCCCUGCAGCUCAAACCCCUGCACAGGAGGGGGCACGUGUCAUUCUGUACCACCCAGUGAAAACUACACAUGCCAUUGUCCCAGAGGCUACCAGCUGGACUCUAGCCAAGUGCACUGUGUGGAUAUCGAUGAGUGCCAGGACUCCCCCUGUGCCCAGGAAUGUAUCAACACUCCAGGCGGCUUCCACUGUGAAUGCUGGGUGGGCUACCAAUCCAAUGGCUCCAAAGAGGAGGCCUGCGAAGAUGUGGAUGAAUGUGCCGCUGACUAUUCACCCUGUGCCCAGGGCUGCACCAACACUGACGGCUCUUUCUACUGCUCCUGUAAAGAGGGCUAUAUCGUGUCUGGGGAAGACAGUACCCAGUGUGAGGAUAGAGAUGAGUGUUCAGAUGCAACGGGCAGUCCAUGUGAUAGUCUGUGCUUCAAUACAGAUGGUUCCUUCAGGUGUGGCUGCCCGCCAGGCUGGGAACUGGCUCCCAAUGGGGUCUCCUGUACGAGGGGCACUGUGAUUACAGAACUACCAGACAGGCAUCCCCAAAAGGAAGACAAAGACGACAGAAAGGAGAGUACUGUGCCUCCUACUGAAAUGCCCAGUUCUCCCAGUGGCUCCAAGGAUGAUGUCUCCAACAGAGCACAGACGACAGGUCUCUCCGUCCAAUCAGAUAUUCUCACUGCCUCUGUCCCACUCGAAAUAGCCGUCCCUAGUGAAGUAUCUGAUGUCUGGCUGGAGUUGGGCACGUACUUCCCCACGACCUCUGGCCACAGCAAGCCGACACAUGAAGAUUCUGUGGCCGCACACAGUGACAGUGACACCGAUGGGCAGAAGCUGCUUCUGUUUUACAUCCUGGGGACAGUUGUGGCCAUCUCACUCUUGCUGGCGCUGGCCCUAGGGCUCCUCAUUUAUCGCAAACGGAGAGCCAAGAAGGAGGAGAUAAAAGAGAAGAAGCCCCAGAAUGCAGCUGACAGCUAUUCCUGGGUUCCAGAGCGAGCAGAGAGCAGAGCCCAGGAGAAUCAGUACAGCCCAACACCUGGGACAGACUGCUGAAGACUCUGUGGCCUUAGAAACAGUCAGCUGCCACCACCUUCAGAGCUACCUUCUUAGAUGAGGGGGAGGCACAUCAUUCUGAAAGACUGGACUGGACUCUCAGCAAAAAUUGUGCACCUUCCCUUUAAGCACCGGGUGACUUGGGAUGGGCAGGUAUAAUCCGGGUGCCUUUGAUAUGCCUGGGGGUGAAAGUUGUGUGUUGGUUUGUCAUUGUGGGGAGUUUUGUGGCUAUUGACAGACCUGCUCACAUACCCUUUUCAAAUCCAAAAGCAACUGGUUCCUCUGGUUGCUAAUCAGGGCGUAAGGCGUCAGAGGGGUGGGGAAGGGUGGGGGAGGGGGCUUCAAAGACUUUUCUUAUCUCUUGAUUUACCAGAGAAGGAGCUACUGGUGCUAAUUACAAUGGAAACAGUUCCUUUCCUUCACAGGAUAGAAAGCAAAACCGACUAACAACUUAACUAGGUGAGGAUGCUCUACUGUUCCUAUAGGGACUUUUUCAGGAUGGCUGCCUUUGUAUACUUUUGCCUUCUGGCAUUUCCCCUCCAUCCCCCACCCCCACCCCCUUUCGGUAUUGUUGAAACUGUCAGAAUGAGAGGAAGUUCAACCAACGGCUUAGGGAGCAAGCAGGCAGGAAGUUUAGACGUUGUAUCCCCUCACUCUUAACUUUCAUAACUUGGCUAUAGUUCAUGGGCAAGUAAAGUUGCAAGUUGGGAAGUUGCUUCAAGUGAGUGAGAGGUCUUGGUAAAAGCAUCGUCCAGAGGGAGGCAGGCAGGGACUGAUUUAACAGAUAUUUGAAUGAAAAUAUCAGAAUGAACUGAUGCUAACACAUACUUGACUAUUGAGGAACAAUAACACCCCCUCCCCCCAAGAUCGUUGAAAUCUUUGAAUUAACACAAGCCCCGACUCCACUUCAGGGCACCCUGUCUCCCUUUACACCAUCCCUAACUGGGAAGCUGGGACCGGAGGCUCAGAAAGCCUCCGGAUGCUUUCAUUCUGACUGUAAGGACAGGAGAUGUGAGCCAGGUGAUGGGCUCUGUUUUAAAUACUUCCCGUUAAGUGCAGCUUAGCCACUUCACAGUUAAAAGUACAUCUGAAGGACUUGGGCCCUAUCUUGUGGAUGUGACACAAUCAGAGUCAAGGAUUAGUCAUGAAGAGGGUUCUCCUUUUUUGCUUAAAAAAAGGAGAUACAGGGGAAAGGGAAAGGGGAAGAGAGAACAGCUAAAAAAACGUUCAACUGUAAAAAUUGCUUAGAGCCAUCUUAUGAUUGACAUGUUUAUUUCAAAGUGUCCAUUUGCUUCCGGUAAUGGUGUUCCAGCUGCACAGGUCUGUCUGGGCCUGGAAGGCAGCCCUGGUGAGUCACUUCAGAAUCUCUGAGAGGCCCCAUCUCAGCUGCCUCUGCUGUUUGAAAAGCUGGGAUAUGGAAUGUGUCUCCAUCAUGAGAUUCAGAGUCUUUGUUCUCAGAUUAGAGUGUCCUUUUGUUUCUAGUGUCAAAAGCAACCAUCCCCCCAAGUUGAUAUCCAGGAAGCGAAGAUCAAUAACAAUCAGAUUCAAGGCCUUUGGAAAUAUCUUAGAGAAAGAUAUUACGAAAAUAUUUUUUUUGGUCAAUUUAAAAUGGACAUAUUUUCAUUAGUCUCUCUCUCUCUCUCUCUCUCUCUCUCUCUCUCUCUCUCUCUCUCUCUGAAAACCCAAAGUGGAGAGAGUAAUGGGGGAAAGAUUGGGCUCAGUGGGGUGCCUGAAAUAUGUGCAUUUAAAAAUCAUCUGACUUUUGGGUUGAAUUUUGGGUAUUUGGAACAGGAUCUCUGGCAAUAUUGCGAUUGGCAGCUAAUCCAUUACGGGGAGACCAGCGCCAUCCACUCAGAUGACUUUAGAUCCAUGGCAGUAUCUGCAUAUACAGACCCUAAAUGCAUCACUUUCACCUCCGGGCCCUUCAACUGCUCACCUUUAUGGCUGGAGGUGAGGAGGACCAUGACUGAGUCUAGGCUCCCCACAGCCUUGCUUGUCUAUGCUCAGGCUGCUGUGUGGGACUUAAACUGACCAAGAUGACUUAGGGGACAGACUGAGUUCUGUCCGUUCCCAGCACUCAGGGGUACAGGAUCCACUCUGUGAGACCCACUACAGGGAAGGGAACGAUGAGGAACAUAUUUCCUCAAAGUGUGCUUUCAGCAAGAGCCCUUCCUAUGCAGGCAGAGCUCUCUCAUCUACUGACAUGCCAAAGCCUUCAUUAGAACCAUACCUCAUGUGGCAAAGCCACUGGAGCCACUCACCGUUCCUAAAUGGGUGCUUUAUUCUUACAUCUAUUCUUGCUGUCCUCAUGCUUGAGACUGGAAAAUUCUGGGUUAAAGCCUCCAAGAGGCCAAGCAAUAAAUAAGUGAACUUCCCCCCCCUGGACCAAGGGUGUUAGGCUAGGCCUUACCUACCUAAGAAAUUAGUGAGCAGAGACAGAACACUCCCCUGCCUGUGAGGACUACUUGGCAACAGAAUUGUUUUAAGUCCAAACCUGGAAAAUCUGUAUUUUGAAGGGGCGUGCCUUCAGGUCUUCAGCCUUGCCAUCACUGAAUUGUAGGUGACAUUGCUGCCUUUUGCAUUUCCAGUGGUUCCAGCGAUGGAAGCCAGAGCAUAAGUGUUUUAGACACUAACUAUGUUAGACACUAGCUUUCCAGGACCCUUAUACCCCUAGUAUUAAAGAUAGAUGAAGCAACACCUCCCCACCCCCAGUAAUUUGAGGAAUUAAAAAAAAAAAGCCUCAGGAGCAUGCCCUGAACACUAUUUGCAAAGAAGCUAUAGCCCUAAUUUUCCCUGGUAUCUAGCAUGGCUUUGAUGCAAACCCAAAUGUAUGCAUCUUUAUCAUUACAACCACCACCACUACCACCACCACCACUACUACCACCACCACUACCAUCAUCCCUGUCACCACCACCUCAUGGUGCCAUGCAGCCUCAUGGUAUUUUAUUAAUGAAAGUAACUGGAUGAAUCCCACCCAGCUCUGACUGAGGAUAAAAAGGUCAGACAGAAGAGGAGCAGAAGGGAGAGAAGCGGGCUGCUUUUCUUCUGCUUCUUACCCAGGGAAAACCCAGCAAGCUUCUGAGAAGGUCUAUCCCGAUGCAUUCCCCAGAGCAAUGGAAAAUGUGGAAUGAAACACAAAUACUUUUGAGUACAUGUUCACUGUGCAGGGCUGCUUAGGAAGAAUUCUUUAUCUCCUCACGACGUUUUCCUCCGCUUUGAGCUCCUAACCAUGAGCUCUUGCGUGGACUGUUAUCACCAACCAAAUUUUCAAUAGGUGGAUGGGAUGGGAUCAUUAGGUCAUUUUGUUCCGCCCCUCUUUUCCCAUAAAUAUUUCUGGCAAAACUAAAGGAACAGAGAUGAGAUUUGACCAUAAAAGGGAGAAAAGGUUACUUCAUUCAAAAUAACAUAUUUUUGAAAGCAAAUAUAGGAAAACCUUUUCCUAUUAUUUUUCUUCUUAGCUUCUCCAUUGUCUGAAUUGGGAAAACAGGAAAACAUUGCUUUCUAGCACCUGCAAAAUGGUUUAAUGCCCCUGCAUAUUUCCAUGUCCUUCAACAAUAGAUUUAGCAUGGGAAUCUGAAAUUAGACUCUCUGAAAACAUCUGUCCCUUCCCCCGGUCCUAAAUCCAGGUUUUGAUUAUGUGUGGUUUGUGAAGCCUGUCAACCAAAGCAAGGGACAAACACACCUCAGUCCUCCACUGUAUGACCCCAUGACCCCUCAGGCAAAGGCUUGUUGGGAACUGCAUCACGACUCACCUGUUCUUGACAGUGCCCAUCUGUUUCAGGUGGGAUCCCUGGACACUUUCAUCCUUCCCAUUUUACCUGAAGUUCAUUUGCAGAUCAGGGAUUAAGCUUGAAUUGUGCGCUAGUCAGCCUUGCUCCCUGUUGUCACCGGUUAUUGCAAAUGUUAAUAAUCUCCCCUCAAGACCUCAGUAAGAACAUAAAUAUUUUAAAAUAUGUGCAUUUGAAAUAUGUUUUGUGGAGCCUGGAAACUAUGGGAUGCUCAGGCAGGACUGACUUUAGUCUUUUAGUGAAUGUUGCCCAGGAUGGCUCACAGGUUACAUUCCUCCUUAGACCUACAACAUCACAAUCUGAGGGGAGGCCCAGGGUUGCCUUUAAAAUGUGGGCGCUAUGUCAUGCUUUGAGCUUUCUGUUAUGCACCUCUCCUAAUAAACUCUGAAAAAAAAUA